AUGAGUAUAUUUCCGGCAGUGAAUUUGAAUGCACCAUCGAACUCCUCUGACCGCGAUUACGACCAAAAUGCGUGGUGUGUGCAUUCGAACAGUGCUCCGAUUCGCUCAUUUCACAAAAGCUACAAGUCGCGCUUGUUGGACGCGUUUCCCGACGAUUUUGUCAAUUUGGCAAUCGAUAUGGAUCAAUAUUUUGAGCGUCAGAAGCAGGUUUCCCGUGAAAAUUUGAGAUUUUUUUUAGCAAAACAUGGGAAUUUUCCAGCCAAAAGAAGAGUUUUAUCGGAAAAUGGAUUUUUGUGCUCAACUGAAGGCGGUCAUCCAGAAACACUGCCCCACGUGGAUUUUCGACGUCGUGCCAACAGGAUCGUCCGUCUCGGGACUCGCCACGAAAUCCAGCGAUCUGGAUGUGGCCAUUCAUAUUCCGCAGGCCCUUCUCAUACAGAGUUUGACUGAUUCCGAGAAACGAUUGUAGGUUUCACUUUUUUUAAUGUGCACUGUCUCCCCCAGAGCGCCGCGUUAAAACAUAGUGUCGUUGAAAACAAACGCAACAACUGAAAUUUCUGUAUUUUUUCCGAAAUCCCGAAAUUUCACCCGACAAUGAGAGAAAUAAAGUAAAACAGAGAAUUUUCGAAUUGUUAAUGACAGCUGUGACCUUAAAUUAGCGUUUUGCCGACAAGAAAGCGCGCAUUAUUACGCUUUUCUGUGAAUUUCAGUCCGGAUCCUCAAAAACUGAAAUUUCUCAGUCAUUUUUGCAUUUUAUGGGCCGUCUCUGUGCUCAAAAUGACCGCCUUUGUCUGCUGAACAAUCGUGAGGCAACUGUUUUUCGAUUCUGUCAACUGUUUUCUCAAAACUUCCGAAAGUUCGCGUUUUCUCAAGCCAAAUUUAAAAAACGAAAUUACCUUUCGAAUUUUCACUUUUACACGAGCACUCUGUGAUCAAUUUGUAGCUAUCGGUCAUAUGAACAAACGUGAGACAAAAGUUUUGAAGGAAAAGUGUGCAUAAACCCAAAAACUCGGGAAAACAGUGUUUUCAGUUGAAAAACCGUCUCCCGUAAAUCGACACUGAGAGCCGCACGCAAAAAAGCGCGCGAAAAUUUUUUUUUUCGCCGAAGGGGAGACAGUGAUGUAACUAAAGAAAAUUUCAAUUGUUUCCAGAACUCAACUGGAAAUCCUUCAAAUUAUCCGACGAAUUUUGCUGAAUGACGAGCAAAUCCGUUCGAGAAUCAAUUUGGAAAAGGGCGUUCAGUUGGUCAUGGCACAGGUUUGCUAAGCGGGAAUAGAGCCUACGAGAAAGCCCUCGUACUCAUAUUACACGGUAUCAUUUAAACAUAUAGAAUGCUUUCAGAUCCAAAUCCUAAAAAUAGAGACAACUGAUGAGAUCGAGUGCGAUGUGAGUGUCGUUCUCGAUAAAUUCCUGUCUUCGAUGCACAAUUCGCUCAUGAUUCGCUAUUUUGUACAGUACGUUUUUAUUCAUUUACAAGACUUUUAAUGCGCAGUCCGAGCUAACGCUCGAAAGCGGCCGUGGAGAGGGACAAACGGAGAAAUAAGCAAACUAACAAGGGGACAAACCCCCCAAGAGCUAUAUUAAUAGGAAUGAUGAUUUUUUGAAUUAAAAAAUUCCUUUCAGUCUGGAUUCGCGUUUCGCCCCGUUGUGUGCAGUUGUGAAGCAGUGGGCGGCGAGUACAGAAGUGAAAAAGCCGAAGGAAGGCGGUUUCAACAGGUGAAUUUGAAGAAAAAUACACAUUUUUUGAAACUGCUAAAAUGCAAAAAGUGCUUCAGUUACGCCCUCGUCCUUCUCGUAGUUCACUUUCUUCAAUGUGGAACGUCUCCGCCGAUUCUUCCGAAUCUUCGAGAAGUUUAUGCAGGUACAGCAACCCAUUUCAUUAUUUUGCCUAGAAAAAAUCAUUUUUCAGCCGACAAUUUCAUGGCUGUGGACGAGAGAAAUUUCCCGGCUCGCGUGGAUUUCGGCGCCCCACUUCCCAGGCCUCUUCCUGGUAUUUUAGAAAUGUUUUCUAUUCUUCCCUGAAACUUAUCCUUUUCCAGAAAUCACAAAAAACAGUGCAAAUGUGGCGGAGCUCUUCGUGCAAUUCUGCUUCUAUUACUCGAAAUUUGAUUUUGACAAAAAAUUCAUUUCCAUCAAACGCGCCAGAGUCAUGAAUCGGUUAGUUUGAAGCAAGAAAAUGCAAAAAGUGUUUCAUUUUUUCAGAGUCGAUUUGUCUCAGCAACAGCAGCAGUUCACGUGGCGCAAAGCGGUGUACAUUGAGGAUCCGUUCGACGAGCACAAUCCGGGAAGGACCGUCGACUCGCUCGGCCCCAUCAAGAUCGUUUUCAAGUCGGUUUUUUGGAGUAUUCGACACUUUUUUGACACACAACUUGGCAAAUUUAGACCCUACGACUUUUUGAUCCACUUGCAAUUAUCCGAUCGGACCCAAACAUUGCAGGCUUACUUGGAUUGUACUUGGAUUGAAGUAUGUUGGGUCAGAGUUUGAGACCGGUCGGAUCAUCUGCUCCAGAAGCCUCUAACCCACACAUUUCGGGACCAGAUGAUCCGACCGGUCUCAAACUCGGACCCAAUAUACUUCAGUCCAAGUCCAAGAAGCGUACAAAGUUCGGGUCCGAUCGGAUAAUUGCAAGUGGGUCAAAAGUCCUUGGGUCGAAAUUUGCCCAGCCCUGGUUUUUGAUCCGAAAGAUUCCAUUUUUGCAGAGAGACCACGAAUCUGUUCAUUCCGCCAAAAGGUGCAUCGGCGGAAAUCGAGGACGACUUCAGUUUUCCGUCACUCGACGAUAUUCUUUACAUGCAGGCGGCUGGUAGGCAUUUUCCCCAAAAAAUUCAAAAAUUAUGUUGUUUUUCAGACAAAGAUGAGAAGCCUGAUCAACAACGACAGGAAACACGCGAAGAGGGAGAAGAAGAAGAAGAAGAAGAAGAAGAAGAAGAAGAAGAAGAGGAUUUCAAAUCUGCAGAAGACGUCGGAAAUUCCGAAAAUUCAUUGGCUCCUCCACGAGCGACCACCGAAAACUCUUCGGACUACAGCAGUGCUGAGGAAUUUUGA